AUGCCUUCGUUCCGCUCUCUUUCCGCGGCAGUCCUUGGACUGGUGGCGGUCUCUAGCCCGCUGGUUCAGGCGCAGACCUAUACCAAUUGCAAUCCGACCGAGAAGACCGACUGCCCCAAUGAUGCUGCUUUGAACCAGGCCAGCAUCACCACGGACUUUACCUCCGAGUCCAACGACUGGACUGCCACUGCCGGAACUAUCAACUAUGGCUCCAACGGCGCCGAAUUCACCAUUGGCAAAAAGGGCGAGGCCCCGACCAUCAAGUCCAACUUUUACAUUCUCUUCGGCUCGGUCGAAGUUGAGAUGAAGGCUGCUCCUGGCACCGGUAUCAUCAGCAGUGUUGUCAUGGAAUCUGACGACCUCGACGAAGUUGACUGGGAAUUCCUCGGCGGCAACAACACCGUGACGGAAACCAACUACUUCGGCAAGGGCGACACCACGACCUACGACCGGGCCAUCUACUACCCCGUGUCCGACCCGCAGGACAACUGGCACACCUACACCGUCGACUGGACCAGCGACGCCAUCAAGUGGUCCAUUGACGGCACCGUCGUGCGCACCCUGUCCUACUCCGACGCCAAGGGCGGCUCGCGCUUCCCCCAGACGCCCAUGAACGUGCGUAUCGGCAACUGGGCCGGCGGCGACCCGUCCAACCCGGAGGGCACCAUCGAGUGGGCCGGCGGCGAGACCGACUACAGCAAGGCCCCCUUCACCAUGUACGUCAAGAGCGUCAAGAUCCAGAACUACACCCCCGCGGACGCCUACAAGUUCACCGACACCUCGGGCUCGUGGCAGAGCAUCCAGCCCCUCAACGGCACCGCCGCGGACACCGCCAAGAGCACCUCUAAUAACAACAAUGGCAACUCUGCCUCUUCUGGCGGCAACUCCAACUCAAACUCUGGUUCUGGAUCGGGUAACUCGACUUCCACUUCCACUUCGCCUUCUUCUUCCACCUCUUCUUCUUCGUCCUCUUCCUCGUCUUCCUCUUCGGGUGGCUCCAACUCCACUUCGACAUCUGGAUCUGGAUCUGGCAACGGCACUUCCACUUCUUCCAACAGCAGCGGCACUGCUAUGCCUACCAAUGCUGCUGCCGGCACUGUCGUCAGCCAGACGCUCUUCUCUGUCGUCUUGGCCUUUGCCGUCUUCUGUGCGCUCAACCUAUAG